AUGGAGCGAUUCGGCGGUUUGAAGAAAGAAGGAAGAAGAUUCGGUAAAGCAGGAGCUGCUGCUAUUGGAGACAAGUGCAGCGCCGCCCCUGUCAAAGGGAAAUUUAAGCUGCGCACGAAAGACCCACUGCCACAACUGACGAAGAAACAACCGAAUCAGGAGACGAAGCCCAAGGCAAAGUUUCUCAUGUCGGCGGGAACAAGCACAGCAACGGAGAAGAGCACCGCAAAGCUCAGCGGCUUUGCCGCCAACAGCUUCAUGCGACCAGCAGCGACGGGUAACCCACCAAAGAAGACCACGGGCUUCAGCUUUAUGAAGUUUCAGUCCAAAUCAACUGAGCUCGGGAAGACAACCGAUGAUUUUUCAGCAAAAUCGACAUUUCCAGGAUCAAAGCCAUUGCCGGGCAAGUUUUCCGUUAAUGUGCCGACCAAGAAGAAGAGCAAGACGACAAGUGGAACUGGAGCAAAGGAUAAGGAAACCUUGUUGUUCAAGACACAAGCAAAAGGAACUGCGCCAUUUGCUUUCGGCGCAGAAACUAAGUCUUCUGCAGCAAAAAAGAGAAAAGUAGCUGGGUUAUUUCAUCAAGACAAGAAGACUGCGUUCCCGAGCAAAACUGGACGUGCAAAUUCAAGCUUCAUGUUGAAAAACCCUGCUCUAAAGGAGGACACAGAGAAGCAGUCCGGGGCUUGUGCCGAGAACUUGAAAGCUAUAGGAAGCAGCACCUCAUUCGCCACAAAGAUGGGUGCCAUGAAGACGACGGUAAACGACGCAACUGUUUUGAAGAAGAGAGGCUUGUUAGCAGGGGCAGCUCCAGCAUCAAAGAGGUGCAAGACUCAAGACGUGCGAGGCCUUGGAAAUCCCAACAAGAUGACCAACCGGGUGAUCAAGUCAGGGACUUCUUCAGGAGAUGCCUGUCGUGAAAAAGAGGAUUCAGGCGUGAUUGCACCUCUCGUACUGCUAGCUCUCAAGCCAGCCUCAACAUCUCAAGAUCCUGUUGCUGAUGUGGAGUUGAGUGCUGUGGCUCCGUCUCCUGACUGCAGAGAGGAUUGUCUUAGCGGAGUUGAGGAAGAGCUCGCAGUGAAUCUCUUGUGCACGGUGGACGAUGACAAUGAAGACGAGUUCCUAACGAGGGUGGCUACUAUUGAGGAAUUCACCGAUCGUGUCGGGCAAGAGCAAAAGCAACUUCACAAACGUCUUCUUGACGCCCACGCUGAUGUCAGUGAGUGUUUGCUCGAUGCCCUUACUGAUCUCAUGGUAGAAGAGGGAGGCAUCGGGAUUGAUAAGCUUGAUUUUGACAUGAACAUCAAUGUCGAUGUUGGCGACGCCUUCCUGCAAGAUGACGAGAUCCAAGUUUUCCAGUAA